AUUUAAGGCUUGAAAGAAAAUUUUGCACAACUGUGUUAGAUUUUAGUAUAGGUAGGUAAUUAUGUAAUGAUUUUGAACAAAGAAUUAAUGGAAUGUCGGAAAUGUGAAAAGAGGAGGAACAAGCGUCAUGGUGGAUGGGAGUCGACUUGGGGUAAACUUGAGUUCCUUGAAGCACCUUCCCUAUCACAUUUUCCAUUUCCUGCCUAUGUUGAAAAAAGGGUCAAUUGAAUUCGGUUCCACAAGACUCGUCAUAAUGAUGGUGGCUUCCCUAUGGGGAAUGAGCAUUGCCAACAAGGAUUGGGGCUCUGGUUAUAACCACACCAACUGGGGCUGGGGCUGGGGCUGGGGACCCUACCAUCCCCCUAAUCAGACACAAGGCCCCAACAAGAUCAAUGUGGGCGGAUCAGAAAACUGGCACUUCGGCUUCAACUACACUGAAUGGGCAUUCCAAAAUGGUCCUUUCUACUUCAACGAUACACUAGUGUUCAAAUAUGAUCCACCAAGCAACAACACGUUUCCACACAGCGUUUACUUGCUGCCAAACCUGUGGAGUUUCCUGACUUGUGACUUAAGAAGAGCAAAGAUGAUUGCUAGUCCCACACAAGGAGGCGGCGACGGCUUCCACUUUGUGCUCAAUCGAUGGAGGCCCUAUUACUUUGCUUGCGGUGAACGUAACGGUUUUCAUUGCAAGGUUGGUCGUAUGAGGUUUGUGGUAGUGCCACUUUUCCGUUGGAACCAUUGAUCCAUUGAGACGAUAGCAGGGAAGACAGACGGUACUGCUUUAUAUAUAUAUGCUGAAGUCUUUAGACUUUAGUGAACGAUUUGGCUUGAAAUCGUCGUUUGUUAGUUUUGGCUUUAUACUCAGUUUUGACUCAAAUAUCUCCGAGGCUUAUACAUAAUUCGGACUAUGGUGAUAACCAGAAUUUACAGAACACAUGUUCAAUUAUAGUCAAGAAGUUAUUAAUUAUCAUCAAUAGACACUUUAUAAAUUUAGAUCUAA